AUGCUGUAGACAUAGUCCUUGCUUCCCUAUAUACGGAGUACACUCUCCAUAGGUGCCAGCUAUUACAGCAGGUGCAUAAUUUAGUGAACCCAUUUUGCCCUCACUCCGUUUUGUAAACGGAGAACUCAAUAUUCCCAGAGGUUAUAUCACUGCAUAACGUCAUAGUUAUCUUUCUAUUGCUUCGAUAGAUAGGACACCACGAUGAAAGGCAACUUGGGGGAGGAAAGGGUUUAUUUCUUUUACAGCUCUACUUCACAAUCCAUCAAAGGAUGUCAGAGCAGGAACUGAAGCAGAAACAUGGAGGAUUGCUGCUUAGUGUUUUGCUCUGCCUGCUGUCUUAUACACCCUUUGACCACCUGCCUGGGGUGGGCCUGGGCCCUCCCACAUCAAUCACCAAUUACAAUAUCCCACAGGCUUGCAUAUAGGCUAGUCUUACAGAGGCAUUUUCUCAAUUGUGGUUCAUUCUUCUUUAUAACUAUCUUGUGUCAACCUGACCAAAAACGGCCAACCAGGACACCUAAUACAAUUAUUUGCACUGGGGCCAUGUGAAGAGUUAUACUGUUGAUGGAGAGACCUAUCAUUCGAUCUACAUCAGUUCCACAGAUGUGUCAGGUACUCUGCUGGGGCCUGGAGAGGAACUGAAGAGUACAGUAAGUAGCCUCUGGUAUAGAAGUUCAAAAGCAAACAGGCGGUUAGACAGCAGAGUUAAUAAUUACAACAGCGCAAGUGACUACUGGUACAAGACUUCACACUUGACAGCCCAGAGCAUGCAUGUUCACACACACACAUGCUGCAGCCUUUGUGUGGAGGAGGCCAGAGGACAACCUACAGGAGCCUCUUCUUUCCUUCCACCGUGUGGGAUCUAGAGACUGAACUCUUAUCCUCCCGGUUGUCGGCAAGUGCCUUCAUCAGCUAAGCUGUCUUUCUGGCUCCAUUGAGUUUAGUGGAGUGCCUGCCGUGGUCAGCUUCGGGAUUCAUUAAACCCACUCACUACUGGCUUUGUACAUUUCUGUACAGUGGUUUGGGAGGACUUAGGGAUAGUUGAUGUGUUUACCCAAAGAAGAACAGUGAAAGCUAAAACCCAAGGUCACUGCCGUGGCGUUAGAGAGAAGAUAGGCAAAAGGGAGAGGAAGCUUGAUCAAACUGGCUAGUGUGGUGAUGUGGGAGCUGAGGAGUAAAGCUGGGACGAGGGUAACUCUCACUGUUCACCAUUGGUGCCUGAAUGUUCAGCCUUAUCACUGGAAGUGAGAUAGGGGUGACAGGUGAAGUGUGUGUGUGUGUGUAUGCGUGUGUGUAUGCGUUUGAGUAUGUGUGUGUGUGUAUGCGUGGGAGUAUAUGUGUGUGUGAAUGUGUAUGUAAGUGUAUGUAUGUAUGUGUGUGUAUGUGUAUGUAUUCAUGUGUGUAUGUGAGUGUGUGUAUGUGUAUGUGAGUGUGUGUAUGUGUAUGUGAGUGUGUGUAUCUGUGUAUGUGUAUGUAUGCGCUCAUGUGCGCACGUGUGUGUAUAUGUAUGUGUAUAUGUCUGAGUAUGUGUGUAUAUGGGUGUGUGUGUAUGUGAGUGUGUGCAUGUAUGUGCUCACAUGUGUAUCCGUGUAUGUGCUCAUGCGUGCACAUGUGUGUAUGUGUAUGUCUGAAUAUGUGUGUGUAUAUGUGUGUAUGUGAGUAUGUGUAUGAGUGUGAGUAUAUGUGUGUAUGUGUGUAUAUGCAUGUGUAUAUGUGAGUGUGAGUGUGUAUCUGUGUAUGUGUGUAUGCACUCAUGUGCACACGUGUGUGUAUGUGUAUAUGUCUGAGUAUGUGCAUGUGUGUGUGUGUGUGUGUGUGUGUGUGUGUGUGUGUGCUUUAAUGUGUACAUUUCAGGUUGGAAAAGAAGACAGCAACUAAUUUGAAUUCAGCCCUUAACAUAUUCAGUAAGCAAUUUCAUUUGCCACCUUCAAAAGGCUGCUUUUAAAAAAUGAGAUAUUUCAAGUAUACGAAAAAAAAAUUGAAAGCAAAUUCCACUCAGAUCCUGAGACUGACAGGGACAACUGUCCCUUUAGUAUAAAUUAUCUAUCUGUCCUUGGUUUAGCAUGGUAUAUCGAACGGUGACAUAUUUUGCUGCUUUUGGAUACAGUUGAAACACAGAGUAAGAUUUCCUGCCAUCAUUUCCCAUUUGUGAUACAUAGGAUUAUGCCAGCCUUCCGUCAUGGUGACAGAUAUCAAGAGGAAUGCUUCUACAGGAGGAGGGAUUCACUUUGCUCCCAAUUAGAGAAGUUUUAGUCUUUCAUGGCAUGGAAGGUGUGACAGAGUAAAGCAACUGACCCCAGGGUGCCCGGGAAGUGGGGGAGGGAGGAACUCCUAGCAGCUUUUCCCAUGUGUCCCACUGGGACCCCGAGUUUAUCAAAUGAUGUCAUCCACCAUCAAGGCAGAUCCUUCCCACCAGUGAAUUGUCUCUGGAAACAUCUCAUCAGAGACACACAUAGCCAUGUUCUACUAAUCUCCUAAGCUUUUUUAUUAAUCCUACCAAGACUAACUGCUCCAGGAUGGACUUAAAAAUGGCUUCUGGAGAGUCUAACGCUGAGGAAGGAAAUAUUCCCUUGUCUAGCUCUUAUGCUAUGCUGGCUUGUGCUUGCCUCUGUGCGUCCAGUUCUAUACAGACAGUUAAGACAUCUGAUCUUAGGUUAGAGAGCUAAUGGCUGUGGUUAUUUUUAAAAAACUUGUUUCAGAAGAUUAAAAUCAGUUGCUUUCUAAGUUGUACAUUGGCAUUUGAAACACUUAAGCUAUAACUCUUACUUGUUUUUAUUAUUUAUUUAUAUAUUUACUUAUUUUUUACUUUGAGAGAGAGUUUUGUCUGUGUAGCCCUGACUGGCCUGGAGCUCACUGUGUAGACCAGGCUGGUCUUGAACUCAUGGAGAGCCUUUUGCCUCUGCCUCCUGAGUGUAUUACCAUGCCCAGCUGAAGAUUCAUUUAUUUUAUGUUUAGGAGUGUUUAGCCUGCAUGUGUACCUACCUGUGCAUUACCUGCGUUCCUGGUGCCCGUGGAGGCCAGAAAAGGGUGCCAGAUCCUUUGGAACUGGAGUUCCGAUUUGUUGGGAGUUGCUGCCACGUGGGUACUGGGAAACAAACUUGGGUCAUCUGGAAGAGCAGCCAAUGCUCUUAACCAUAGGGCCACCUCUCCAGUCCCAGCUGUGCUUUCUUUAAGCUCUUAAGUUGCUGUACACGAUGCAGGAAGUGAUGUCACGAAUUGAAAUAUGAAGCCCGUCACGAUAGUGUAGUUCCUAAUCUACAAGUACGCAAGUUCCCUUUUCUUACAAGAAGAAGUGCUUUGCUGGUAGCAACUUUAAUUCCGUGAUGGAUAUGGAGUCGUUAAAACCAGGCCUGAGGAUGUAAUAGCUCAUGGGAGUCAGUCUUGUUCCCUGUGUUGCCAGGUGCUGUGUCCAUGCGGUUGGAAACAAGGCUUAUGAGGCACUUGCCAUUGGUUGACUUGUCCAUGCGUAGACCAACAUGACUGAAGGCGAUCAUGUCUAUGAAGUACGAUGAAACCUGGAUAUUUCUGCUCCUUUCGAGCUAUUUAAAAGCCACGAGCUUGUAUACAAUUAAUGGGAAUCAUCUUGGUUUCUGAGUCAUUAAAUUAUAGAGCACUAUCAUUUUGAAAAAGCGGAUUAUGUCUCAUCUGAUUAUUUUUUUCGAUUUUUAAAUUUGCUUUAUUGUUUGCUAUCAAAAGCAAACAGUGGAAUUCUGUGAAAUGAGGCCCUCCCCCGUGUUUAGGUUGCCCCCUGGUCUCGCAUCUAAUACAGGUGCUAAUGCUUGAGGUGUUUGGACCGGCGCAGUGCGGAUGACGUAAGUGAUGGAGGUACACAUCUGCUUCUUCCGCAUUGCGUAGUGAUACUCAACAGUGGGCACCGUGAACAUUUCCGUUCAGAGUCUGUAAACUAGGCCACAUACUGUCGACACAUAUGCACAGGAGAGGAACUUGAGCACCCUGUGAAAAAAUCUUUGAACUAAAAAUAAUUUUCACCUGUAUUUAUAGCCCUGCUAUCAUACUUGAGGAAAGUGGUGGAGAGCUUACCAGAAGAGGAAGGUGUCACCUUUGCAGUUCCAGAGAAGUCAGACACUUCUACACGAAAGCCCAGAAUGCUCUGUCAAAGUGACAGCCUUGUUGCUAAGAGCCCUUUGCUCGCCCCGUAGGCAGGACAGCCGGUAACAUUAGGUACCAGAGAUGCACUCCGUCAGACUCGUUCUGUAUGGCUGAUAAUUUGCACGGUAGCGAUGGAAAUGUGUGCAUCAUUAGGAGAAUUGCCAAGUAAGGCUAACGAGGGGGAGGGCACAGCAAGUAGGCGAGGUGUUCAAAUCCUGAGGCAGAAUUUUUGGCUCUGUCAUAGCCAGUUUCCUUCAUUGUUCACCGUGGUGACACAUUUGCUUAAAGGAAACUUGUGCGGGGACAUUUUUAGAUAUUUAAAUAGAAAAUAUGCCAAAACCCAGCCUUUGCUGAUCUGCAAGUUCUGCUGGUAGCAAGCUGUGCAUAUGUUUGAGUAGGAUGGAGAAGGAACAAAUAACUUGACUGUUAUUAUAAUUGUGAUACAUGUAAAAUGAUAUUUUCCAAUAAUAAUAAUAAUAAUAAUAAUAAUAAUAAUGACCUAACAAUUCGGGCUUUAUGUCAUCGUUAAUACAUUAAUAUCUUGUCACUUGCUCGGUUAAGAUAUUAUCAUUCCUUACUUUCAUGCACCCAUUUAUCGAACAGUGGUCAUGCUUAUGAGUUAUUAUGAGUUAUUAACCCUAAUUAGCACCUAAAUGCUCCACAUGCAGCAGGUGUAUGUAACACACGCCAUAAUUAUUUCUAUAAAUGAUCCAACCGCUUCUGAACAAUCGUAAUUGCAAAGAUAGUGAGCAAAAUGUCCACUUCUUUGGUCUACCUUGUCAUUGAGUUUUAUCCCACUUAAAAGCACGUUUUUCAAAAGACAAAAGAUGCCUAACUGCCGUUUGCAUUAUUUUCCUACCUUUGAUUCAGGAAGCAAUCACGGUUAUGUAUCUCCCGACUGGUUGAGUCUAAUGUUUUGGGGCCAGGUGUGUCAUAAGCGAAAAUCGUCGUUUGAAAGUUGUGAGUAGAAUUAGCAACAAUGUGUCAUUUUGUGAGACGGCUGAUUGGCGCUGUCUGAUGCUUUGAGAGGGAUGCUAACGUUUACUAAACAGCUUGUUGUGGUGGGAGCAUAGUUAAAGCAACUAUUCCUGGUUCUGUCUGUUGAACUUAAAACUUCAGCCCCUUACUGUGGCACGUUGACUUCAGGUCUGUUGUAAGAAAGUCUAAAUGUAGGCUGUUGAAUAAUCCCUUUGAGGGCCCUGUGACUAUUUUUAUGCCUGGAUAUGCGUCAUCAGUGGGUAUUUUCUCUGGUGACUCGCUUACAUCAAGUCUCCUUCCAUACAUUCUACCAGCGAGUGACUUAUGAUUGAUGGGAACCACGGCUGUUGUUUAGCUUGAUCUGUGACCUCAGCGAAUGGACAGCAGGAAUUUCCAGCCUGUUAAAUUCCCUGCAUGCCUGAAGACAGGGGCUCACGGUGUUGAUCGAGGCAGGUGAAGUCCCUGAGUUUUGUCAAAGCCAACGAUAAUCAGAUCUACUUGAAAGAUUAAGUGAAUUGAUUUGAUUGGAACAUUCUCUCAACAGCCAGCCAAUAGGAAGUGUCAGGACAAUCAUGCCCAUGAGAACUCUCAACUGUUCAGGUGAUUGCACUUCAGUGAAACUGGCUGUUGAACAUUGCUGGAGUUGAUGGGCAGAAUUUCUCCUGGACUAUUCAUCAUCCCAGUCCCAUCCUAGUUGAGAGAGAUUUAAAUGCCAUAAGAAUCCUUUGUAACGUUGCACUUUGCUUUUGAAGAUGGACAUUUCUAGGAUGGAGAGAACUGUUAUAGUUUGGUUCCAGGACAUUGGCAUCCAAUGCCCACUGACUCCAGUGUGAGCCUGGAAGGUUCCAGAGAGAGAGGGAACAAUCCACGAGUUUGCAGACGACCAGGAACGCAGAAGCAACCCAGCUUUACAAAGCACAGCAUUGGAGACACCUCCAUGAGUCUGCUUGGCUUCCGGGCAAAGUAGCACUUAAGACCUUGUGUUAAAAUGGACACUGGGGACACAGCUCUAGGACAAAAAGCUACCUCAAGGUCUGGAGAAACUGACAGUGUGUCAGGUAGAUGGAGGCAGGAACAAUCAGCCGGUCUUAAGAUGAGCACUUUCAGCAGUCAGGAAGGGCAGAGACAACCGCAAAUAGAUCCUGACCAGAUCGGAAAUGUAGCUUCAGCUCAGCUGUUCGGUUCUGGGAAGCUGGCCUCGCCUGGCGAGGGCGUACAUCAAGUCACAGAGAAGCAAUACCCACCACACCGUCCGAGUCCCUACCCAUGCCAACAUUCGCUCUCUUUCCCUCAGCACUCAUUGCCCCAGGGCAUGAUGCACAGCAACAAGCCGCACCAGAGCCUCGAGGGCCCUCCCUGGCUCUUCUCUGGCCCUUUGCCAUCUGUGGCCUCUGAGGACUUAUUUCCUUUUCCAAUGCACGGCCACAGUAGUGGUUACCCUAGAAAAAAGAUCUCAAGUCUCAACCCCGCUUACAGCCAAUACUCCCAGAAAAGUAUCGAACAGGCAGAAGAUGCUCACAAAAAAGAGCACAAACCCAAAAAGCCAGGCAAAUACAUCUGCCCGUACUGCAGCAGGGCAUGUGCAAAACCAAGUGUCCUGAAGAAACACAUCAGGUCCCAUACCGGUGAGCGGCCGUAUCCGUGUAUACCUUGUGGUUUCUCUUUCAAGACAAAGAGCAAUUUGUACAAGCACAGGAAGUCUCAUGCCCACGCAAUUAAGGCAGGCUUGGUACCCUUCACCGAAUCAUCUGUGUCUAAGCUGGACCUGGAGGCUGGCUUUAUUGAUGUAGAAGCAGAGAUCCACUCGGAUGGUGAACAGAGCACAGACACGGAUGAGGAGAGCUCUUUAUUUGCUGAGGCUUCUGACAAAGUGAGCCCCGGCCCUCCCAUCCCUUUGGACAUUGCUAGCAGAGGUGGCUACCCCGGAUCCUUGGAAGAAUCCUUGGGAGGUCCGAUGAAGGUGCCAAUUUUGAUUAUCCCCAAAAGUGGGAUCCCGCUACCCAAUGAGGGCUCUCAGUAUCUGGGCCCUGACAUGCUCCCAAACCCGUCUUUGAAUGCUAAGGCCGAUGACUCUCACACAGUGAAACAGAAACUUGCACUGAGACUGUCAGAGAAAAAAGGACAAGACUCUGAGCUAUCCCUCAACCUUCUGAGCCCACACAGCAAGGGGAGCACAGACUCUGGCUACUUUUCUCGCUCGGAAAGUGCAGAGCAGCAGAUAAGCCCACCCAACACAAACGCAAAGUCUUACGAAGAAAUCAUCUUUGGGAAGUACUGUCGACUGAGUCCCAGGAAUACACUCAGUGUUACCCCCACGGGUCAGGAGCGCACCGCCAUGGGGCGGAGGGGCCUCGUGGAACCAUUACCUCAUGUAAACACCAGGUUGGAGGUCAAGAUGUUUGAAGAUCCCAUCACACAGCUGAUUCCCAGCAAAGGAGAAAUGGACCCCAGUCAAGUCAACAUGUUGAAGACCACGAAGUUCAACAGUGAGUGUCGGCAGCCACAAGCCAUGGUGGCAUCUGUUAGGAAUGAAGGAAAACCUUACCCAGGAAGUUUCCCAGGCAGCAAUCCCGUUCUCUUAGAAGCUCCCGUGGACUCUUCACCCCUUAUUAGAAGCAACUCAAUGCCAACUUCUUCAGCAACUAACUUAAGCAUCCCUCCUUCUUUGAGAGGAAGCCACUCGUUUGAUGAAAGGAUGACGGGCUCUGAUGACGUGUUCUAUCCCGGCACUGUAGGCAUACCUCCCCAGCGCAUGCUUAGACGACAGGCAGCCUUCGAGCUGCCAUCGGUGCAAGAGGGUCACAUGGAGUUUGAGCACCCUGCAAGGGUACCCAAGAGCCUUGCCGGCUCAUCCCUGAAGGAAAAGAAAUUAGUUCCCGGAGAUAGGUCUGGCUAUGACUAUGAUGCCUGCCGUAAACCGUAUAAGAAGUGGGAAGACCCUGAAACACCAAAACAGAGCUACAGAGAUAUCUCUUGCUUGAGCACCUUCAAACAUGGAGGGGAAUAUUUUAUGGACCCCUCAGUGCCAUUGCCGGGAGUGCCAACCAUGUUCGGGACGACCUGCGAGAACAGAAAGCGCAGGAAGGAGAAAAGUGUAGGGGACGAGGAGGAUACGCCUAUGAUCUGUGGUGGCAUGGGGAGUGCUCCUGGGAGCAUGAUGUCCUCAGAGUAUGACUCCAAGCUGCAGGACGGAGGAAGGAGUGGCUUCACCAUGACUGGACAUGAGAGUCUUCCUCAUGGUCACUCCGAUCGUUUAGACCUGGCCCGGCCCCAGCUGCCGUCUAGAAGUCCGUCUCUUGGGUCUGAGGAUUUGCCCUCGGCUGGUGAUCCUGACAAGAUGACAGACCUGGGCAAGAAGCCUCCGGGAAAUGUGAUUUCGGUGAUUCAGCACACAAACUCGCUGAGCCGGCCCAAUUCCUUCGAAAGGUCUGAGUCAACAGAAAUGGCAGUCAGUACACAGGACAAGACCCCCUCACCUUCUGAGAUGGGCGACAGUGAGGUUUUGGAAGGCCCCGUAAGCCCAGAGUGGGCUCCUCCAGGGGAUGGUGCAGAGAGUGGAAGCAGGCCAACCCCUUCACAGCAGGUACCUCAGCACUCCUACCAUGGGCAACCAAGGCUUGUUCGCCAACACAACAUCCAGGUCCCCGAAAUCAGAGUCACAGAAGAACCUGAUAAGCCCGAGAAGGAGAAGGAGGCUCCUACCAAGGAGCCCGAGAAGCCUGUGGAAGAAUUCCAGUGGCCCCAGAGAAGCGAGACUCUUUCUCAACUCCCUGCUGAGAAGUUGCCUCCCAAAAAGAAACGCUUGAGGCUCGCAGAUAUGGAGCACUCCUCAGGGGAAUCCAGUUUCGAGUCCACAGGCACCGGCCUCUCUCGGAGUCCCAGCCAAGAAAGCAACUUAUCCCACAGUUCCAGUUUCUCCAUGUCCUUUGACAGAGACGAAACGGUCAAGCUCACCGCACCUCCCAAGCAGGAUGAGAGCGGGAAGCAUUCCGAGUUUUUGACUGUCCCCGCGGGUUCAUACUCAUUGUCUGUCCCGGGUCACCACCACCAGAAAGAAAUGCGGCGUUGCUCCUCUGAGCAGAUGCCCUGUCCUCACCCGACGGAAGUCCCAGAAAUACGGAGUAAAUCAUUUGAUUAUGGGAACCUGUCCCAUGCUCCAGUGGCGGGAGCAUCCCCAUCAACAUUAUCGCCAUCCCGGGAGAGGAAGAAAUGCUUUCUGGUACGCCAGGCUUCCUUCAGUGGCUCCCCAGAAAUUGCCCAAGGUGAAGCCGGCAUGGACCCCAGCGUCAAGCAGGAGCAGCUGGAGCAGCUGCAUGCUGGCCUCAGGGCUGCAUGGACCACUGUGCUCCCACCCCUGCCAGGGGAUGACCCAGGGAAGCAGGUGGUCGGUCCUUGUGGCCAGCUGAGCUCAGGGCCACCGCUCCACCUUGCCCAGCAACAGAUCAUGCACAUGGACAGUCAGGAAUCUCUGAGAAAUCCGUUGAUUCAGCCAACAUCCUACAUGACAGGCAAGCACUUACCCGAACAACCGCACCUGUUUCCACAUCAAGACGCGGUCCCGUUUUCUCCUAUCCAGAAUGCCUUGUUUCAGUUUCAGUACCCGACUGUCUGUAUGGUUCAUUUGCCAGCUCAGCAGCCUCCCUGGUGGCAGGCGCAUUUCCCCCAUCCCUUCACUCCACACCCUCAGAACAGCUACAGCAAGCCUCCUUUCCAAGCUGACAUUCAUUCUAGCUAUUCCUUAGAGCACGUAGCAGAACACACUGGAAAGAAAUCUGCUGACUAUCCGCAUGCAAAAGAGCAGACUUACCCGUGCUAUUCCGGAGCAUCAGGGCUACACUCCAAGAACCUCCCUCCGAAGUUUCCAUCAGACCCUGGCAGUAAAUCCACUGAGGCUCCGCCCACUGAACAGCUUCUUCGAGAAGAUUUUGCCUCAGAAAAUGCUGGGCCUUUGCAGUCCCUACCGGGAACGGUGGUUCCUGUUCGCAUCCAGACCCACGUUCCAUCCUAUGGAAGUGUCAUGUACACAAGCAUUUCUCAGAUACUUGGACAGAAUAGCCCCGCCAUUGUCAUAUGCAAGGUCGAUGAGAACAUGACCCAAAGAACACUGGUAACCAACGCGGCCAUGCAAGGGAUAGGAUUUAACAUAGCCCAAGUGCUUGGGCAGCGCACAGGCUUGGAAAAAUACCCUCUUUGGAAAGUACCUCAGACCCUACCCCUGGGCUUGGAAUCCUCCAUCCCCUUGUGUUUACCGUCCACCUCAGACAGCGCGGCCUCUCUCGGAGGAAGCAAGCGGAUGCUGUCUCCAGCCAGCAGUUUGGAGCUCUUCAUGGAAACCAAGCAACAGAAACGGGUGAAAGAGGAGAAGAUGUACGGGCAGAUUGUAGAAGAGCUCAGUGCUGUGGAGUUAACCAACUCGGACAUCAAGAAGGGCCUCUCCCGCCCCCAGAAGCCCCAGCUCGUGAGGCAAGGGUGUGCCUCGGAGCCGAAGGACGGCAGCUCUCAGUCAAGGUCAUCUUCCUUCUCCUCCCUGUCACCCUCCUCGUCUCAAGACCAUCCGGCUGCCAGCGGGCCUUUCCCUCCCAACAGGGAGAUACUUUCAGGUUCCAGGGCGCCGCCGCGACGGAAGUUCAGUGGGCCCUCAGAAAGCAGAGAGUCCUCCGAUGAGCUGGACAUCGAUGAGACCUCGUCAGACAUGAGCAUGAGCCCCCAGAGCUCUUCGCUGCCCACAGGAGGCAGUCAGCAGGAAGACGAAGGGAAGGCCCGCAAGCUGCCAGUCAGCAUGCUAGUCCACAUGGCCUCUGGUCCGGGAGGAAAUGUGGCAAAUUCCACUCUUCUUUUCACAGACGUGGCAGAUUUCCAGCAGAUCCUUCAGUUCCCCAGUCUGCGGACAACAACUACUGUGAGUUGGUGCUUCUUAAAUUAUACAAAACCCAAUUUUGUGCAACAGGCCACCUUCAAAUCCUCCGUUUAUGCUUCAUGGUGCAUUAGUUCCUGUAACCCAAACCCAUCAGGAUUGAACACCAAGACCACGCUGGCCCUCCUGAGAUCCAAACAAAAAAUUACCGCAGAAAUUUACACUCUGGCUGCUAUGCACAGGCCCGGAACUGGCAAGCUCACAUCAUCCAGUGCCUGGAAGCAGUUUGCACAGAUGAAACCUGAUGCACCCUUCUUGUUUGGCAACAAACUAGAAAGGAAAUUAGGGGGAAAUGUCUUAAAGGAAAGAGGGAAAGGAGAGAUUCACGGAGAUAAAGAUCUUGGAUCCAAACAAACCGAGCCAAUCCGAAUUAAGAUCUUUGAAGGGGGGUACAAAUCCAAUGAAGAUUAUGUGUAUGUCAGAGGACGUGGACGGGGAAAGUACAUUUGUGAAGAGUGUGGAAUUCGCUGUAAGAAGCCAAGCAUGCUGAAAAAACAUAUACGCACUCAUACUGAUGUUCGGCCUUAUGUAUGCAAGUUAUGUAAUUUUGCCUUCAAGACGAAAGGAAACCUAACGAAACACAUGAAAUCUAAGGCCCACAUGAAAAAGUGUCUGGAGCUGGGCGUCUCGAUGACAUCAGUAGAUGAGACAGAAACAGAAGAAGCAGAAAAUAUGGAAGAUUUGCACAAAACAUCUGAGAAGCACAGCAUGUCCGGCAUUUCAACUGACCACCAGUUCUCAGAUGCUGAGGAAUCUGACGGAGAGGAUGGAGACGAUAAUGAUGAAGAUGAUGAAGACGAUGAUGACUUUGAUGACCAAGGAGAUUUGACACCCAAAACAAGGUCAAGAAGCACCAGUCCUCAGCCUCCUCGGUUCUCCUCCUUGCCUGUCAAUGUUGGCGCUGUAGCCCACGGCGUCCCCUCAGAUAGCUCUCUGGGACAUUCGUCAUUGAUCAGCUAUUUGGUUACUCUACCCAGUAUUCAGGUCACUCAGCUCAUGACACCCAGUGACUCUUGUGAAGACACCCAGAUGACAGAAUAUCAGAGGCUGUUCCAGAGCAAAAGCACAGACUCCGAACCCGACAAAGACAGGUUAGACAUCCCAAGCUCCAUGGACGAAGAGGCCAUGUUGUCUUCAGAGCCGAGCUCCUCCCCAAGGGACUUCUCCCCCUCAAGCUACCGGUCCUCACCAGGAUAUGAUUCUUCACCCUGUCGAGAUAAUUCGCCAAAGAGGUAUCUGAUACCCAAAGGAGAUUUGUCACCCAGAAGACAUUUAUCACCUAGAAGAGAUCUAUCACCUAUGAGGCAUCUGUCACCAAGAAAAGAAGCUGCAUUGAGGAGAGAGAUGUCCCAAGGGGAUGCUUCACCAAGGAGGCAUUUGUCCCCACGGAGACCAUUGUCUCCUGGAAAAGACAUUACAACAAGAAGGGACCUCUCUCCCAGAAGAGAGAGAAGAUAUAUGACUACCAUUAGAGCACCAUCUCCCAGAAGGGCUUUAUACCAUAACCCACCAUUACCAAUGGGGCAGUAUCUGCAAACAGAGCCAAUUGUAUUGGGGCCUCCUAAUCUAAGAAGAGGAUUACCUCAGGUUCCUUACUUCAGUCUCUAUGGAGACCAAGAAGGUGCUUAUGAACAUCACGGCUCCAGCCUUUUCCCUGAGGGUCCUACUGACUAUGUCUUCAGUCAUCUUCCCCUCCAUUCUCAGCAGCAAGUGCGAGCUCCUAUCCCCAUGGUGCCAGUUGGUGGGAUCCAAAUGGUUCACUCCUUGCCGCCAGCCAUUUCCGGUUUACAUCCUCCACCCACAUUGCCUCUGCCCACAGAGGGCUCUGAGGAGAAGAAAGGAGCACCCGGGGAGGCCCUCACCAAGGAUCCCUACACCCUUUCCAGGCGGCAUGAGAAACAAGCCCCUCACGUUUUGCAGUCAUCUGGUCUACCUAGUUCUCCCUCCUCCCCACGGCUAUUGAUGAAACAGAGUACUUCAGAAGACAGCCUAAAUUCCACAGAGAGAGAACAGGAGGAAAACAUACAGACUUGUACAAAAGCCAUCGCCUCACUCCGGAUUGCAACAGAAGAGGCAGCUCUGCUUGGGGCUGAUCAGCCCACAUGGGUGCAGGAGUCCCCGCAGAAACCCUUGGAGAGUGCACACAUCAGCAUUAGACACUUUAGCGGGCCUGAGCCAGGUCAGCUCUGUACCUCAGCCGCCCACCCUGACUUACACGAUGGUGAAAAGGACACUUUUGGUACAUCACAGACUGCAGUAGCCCACCCCACGUUUUACAGCAAGGGCAGUGUGGAUGAGAAGCAGGUGGACUUUCAGAGCAGCAAGGAAUUAUCUUUAAGCACAGAGGAAGGCAAUGAGCCCUCAUCGGAAAAGAAUCGACUCCAUUGAUCUGCAAUGCAUGGACACAUUCAUUUCCACAUUUCCCCCUCCCCCCUUUUGUUUUUGUUUUUCUAGGGAUAGAAAUAAACGAGUUGAUAGCAUGCCUGUCCUAAGUUACAGUAGUUGGCUAUUAUAAAUACUUUUGUUAUUUUGAAGACAAUUAGGGAAAUUAACAAGUCAUCUUGAGCCUGACCAAAACAAAAUUUGAAAUUAACCUAUUGGGUCUGGUAACUUUGAAAAAAAUUGUACAGAUGUUUGUGCCUUUUCUUUACUUUGCUUAUAUUCUUAUAAGCAUUUUUUUAGCGGUAAUUUGUACAUAUUUUAGAAUUUGUGUAUCUGCUUUGUAAUAAAUGUAAUCUCUUUCCUCUUUUGGACACUUGGAUCUUAACGACGUAAAGCAAAGCAGCAUCUAUAUAUAUUGUGAGGUUGCACUAAAACAUAUUUUUAUAUGAUAAAACUGAACAGCUUUUAUGUACAGCUCUCAUUCUGUAAUACUAAUAUUUAUUUUGUUUCAUAAACUGUACAUUUUUUUCUUAAUGUUGUGGAUUGCUUUUCUAUGUGAAGCAUGGGUUCCCUGUUGCGUAACUAGAACAGAAAUGUCCAUUGUAAGCAAGAUAUUUAAACUAGAAUAUCUUAUUCUGCACUUAUGCAUAAGUUACAAAAAAAAGAUAAAGAACGUAUCAGUCGGUUCUUAACCUGUAAAUUCUUUUUGUCUCUUGUUUGCCGGAUUGACAAUAACUUAAGAGCUGAUUGUGAUUUUUAAAUGGAUAGUACCGUAAAGCAUUAAAGUAAACAAUGUGCUAUUGUGAGUUUUUUUCAAAGCUUUAUAAAUCAGUUAUAAAUAAUAUUAAAAGUAUUUGGUCUUAUGUGAACAUGUUGAUCUAUAUACUCACCUUAAAAAAUAUGGGAAAAACAUUCCGCCCCCAUGUAAAUAUGUACAAGUGCAUCACUGGUACAGUUUUGUGUUACUCGGUUGGACACGAGGUUGCCACAGACCUAUGCUAGAGUGUCUUUAAAAUUAAAGUGAGAAAGCACAUGGACUGUGUAGAGCUUGGUUAUCGGCCGGCCCGGUGGCUUGGUAGGCAGUGCUGUGCGCUGCCUGUGGAGAAGACCUGGGCUUAAAAAUCUUGGUUCUUGCUGCACAGGAUGGUGACUGGAACUAAGGCUGCACGGAGGGUUCGCACUUGGACUCGAGGGUUGGGUGUGGAAGUGGGGAAGAGGGAUGGAGACCUGCUCCCCAGCUCUUCCCAUCAGCCUGUCCAUAAUGGUUACAGGGUUACCAUCAGCAUUAGGAAAUGUCACCUUACCCUUUGAAUAGGGAAAGAGUGUCACUCCUGGCUGUCUCAGGGGGAAUGAAGCAGAGAGGCCUUCAAAAGGAAGCAGCUCUGGGGAGAAGGAAGUUUUUUUGUAUCUAACCUUCAGAACGGCUUUUGAUCAGUGUUGAAGGUGGGAAGAGCCUUUGCAGGUCUAGAAGAGCAGAGCAGAGGGAGGGGUACAGCAACAUGUGCACACGCAUGCACAUGUAUGUGCAUGCGCACACACAAUCUGGGUUAUCUUUGUGCUAUAUAGUGGAUUAUAAUUCUGUGAAACCAAGUUUGUAUAUUGAAUUACAUUAAGGAGUGUUCUUUAAAAAGAGAAAUAAAUAUACAAUUACA